CAACAAGACCCCCCGACUACCCUAUAGUACCGAAAUUGCCGAAGCCCGAAAGGAAGCCGCCAGGAAGUCUGCAAUGAACCCGUUCCGGCAAAAUGUGAAGGAUAGUAGGCCAAACCUACCGCACCUUUCUUCACAUGAAGUUGCCAUCCAAAAACGCCUAAAUAAAUGGCGCCGGAGUGCAAACAAGGCCUCCACAAAUAGCAGGACCAAUCUCAAGAACGGGCUACGAAAGGAACAAAAAAAUGUAGAAAAAGCUAUGGAGCACAAACAGGGAAAAGACGACAGCCCCCCGACAACGAGCAGAGCUGCUUUGGCAAAUCUGAAGGCAAAGAUAGUUAAGGAGACAACGCCCUCACCACAAAAUAUCAACACUCUUCCAGUAAAUAGCCAACCCGACGACCCAGUCAUUAAACUGGCAAAUAGAGUUGACAAUCUGGAAAAGAAAAUUGAUAUAUUAAUGGCCUUAAUUAUACAAGCAAGAAAUCCGGACGAAUAAACCUUUUGACGACGUAUUCCUGCUGACCCCCACGAUGAAGACGCGAAGGACGCCACCCACUAGGACCAGCAUAGACGAAUCUGGAAGCUGAUGGACAGGAGAAGGAUCAACGCGCAGCAAAAACAUGAUGAAUUUAAGUCGACUCAUUGCAGCAGCGUAUGCACAACGUCACUUAUCUGAACUGUUUGCUGCAAUUCCUUUGAAAUGUCCCAAAACAGCAGCUGCAAUCUCUACGAAAGCCAUACUUGACGACAAAAGACGACCCGACUGGGCGUAAUGGACAAACUAACUUCUUGACACUCAUAACACAAAAAACAUACAAUGUUUUGAUGCAGUUUCCUUAUUGGGAUUCCCCCCCGUUUUUACAGACCCUAGGCGUGGUGCUGCCGACCCGGCAAAAGGUCGAAAUCGUAACCUCUAUAAUUGACUUUUUUCCUCCAGAAAUGCAAUAUCGACAAAAUCUCCGUUAAAGAUAGAAAUACUUUAAUCAAAACAUAAAACAGAGCACUAUAUAAUAAUAUAUAUAAAAAUCCACAAUGUUUUGAUGCCGUCCCUUU